AUGAGGAUUUUUAGACCGUGGAGACUGCGCUGCCCUGCCCUGCACCUGCCAUCACUCCCCGUGUUCUCGAUCAGGUGCAGCUUACCCUCCCUCACCACCGACACUGACGAGACCAUGUGUAAAAGCGUGACCACAGGUGAAUGGAAGAAAGUCUUCUAUGAGAAGAUGGAGGCAGCAAAGCCGGCUGACAGCUGGGACCUCAUCAUAGACCCCAACCUCAAGCACAAUGUGCUGGCUCCUGGAUGGAAGCAGUACCUGGAAUUGCAUGCCUCAGGCAGGUUCCACUGUUCCUGGUGCUGGCACACCUGGCAGUCGCCCCAUGUGGUCAUCCUCUUCCACAUGUACCUGGACCGUGCCCAGCGUGCAGGCUCGGUGCGAAUGCGCGUCUUCAAGCAGCUAUGCUACGAGUGUGGCACUGCGAGGCUGGACGAGUCCAGCAUGCUGGAGGAGAACAUCGAGACCCUGGUGGACAACCUCAUCACCAGCCUGCGCGAGCAGUGCUACGGCGAGCCUGGAGGUCACUACCGCAUCCACGUGGCCAGCCGCCAAGACAACCGACGGCACCGUGGCGAGUUCUGUGAGGCUUGCCAAGAGGGCAUCGUGCACUGGAAGCCCAGCCAGAAGUUGCUGGAAGAGGAGGCGACCACCUACACUUUCAAGCCGCCACCCAGCCCCUCCAAGCCGCAAGCCGAGACGGGUUCUGGCUGCAACUUCUUCUCUGUCCCCUGGUGCUUGUUUUGGGCCACAGUCCUGCUGCUGAUCAUCUAUCUGCAGUUCUCCUUCCGCAGCUCAGUCUAAGAUUCCUUUCGUGGGCCCCAGGGAACUGUAGGGACCCAAGGCCAGGGGGCCAGCCAGCUCGUGGGAGGGACGAAGAGAGACCUGGGAAUGGGGUUAAGUUCUAACACUGAUGCCGCCACGGACUCAUUGGGUUCCCUGGGGAGAUCACCCACCUUUUCCGUCUAUGAUAUCAUGGGGUUGGGCUAGAUCAUUGGUUUUUCCAAGUGAAACCCAGGGCCCUAAAUUUCUGCACAGGUGCCUCAGGGACUUUUGAAUUUGGAAGGCAGACUGAGUGAGUGGGUCUUCCGUCCUGGUGAAACCACCCACGCCCAACUCCUGCCUCCUCCUCCUGUUGCUUUACUCAGAACAGCUCCAUCUUGGAUGAAGUUCCAUUUAAAAUUUUGUUUUAAAAAAGAUGAACUGCUUUAAAAAAAGUUUGAAGAUUGCAGGACUAGGUGAUCUCUAAAGGCCUUUCCACAGCGAUGAGUGCAUCCUUGUUUCCUUGUUAAGUCCCACCCCUACCCCCUAUUAUCUCCAUCUGGGGCUGCGGCCUUAGAUUAAUGUCUGCCUAGUGUACAAGCCUUAUCCACAGCUCUGCUUUCCUGUACACAGCAGAAGUUCCUUAUGAAGAAAGAGAGGUGGGGUCACUAGGUUGUCCUUUUGCUGCUGGGUCCACAGGGUCCCUUGCUUCUCUUUUCCAGGCUCCCAGCUUUCACU